GCAGCAUUGUGUUUGCAGAGUACCUUCGCAUGACAGCAGCUCUCCACACAAGCGACGUUUCGCCUAUACCUGGACAUCACACAGGGGCCUGGGCGACACGAGUCCACAGCCAGUUGUCUUAAGGAUGUCACGCCGGAGCGCUGAAGUUGCUCUGGAGAGAGACAGGUGCGACCGCACUGAGGAUUAGCAGAAGUAAAUCGAGGCGGGGGAGGGACACAAAGGUUCCCUUGAAUUUAGACCAUCGGGGACCAAAGACCCCAGCAUUUAGGAUUUUACUUCAAGAGGAAUAAGGUCUGCGCACGUCGUGUAGAAGUGGAGCGGAUCAUCGCUGCGCACCGGACUCGCCUCGCUGCCACAUCUCUGUCGAGUCACUUUCCUGUUGCCAUGACAAUGCAAGCCCCACCCCUGCUCCUGCUCACCCUGCUGCUCCAAUUGGCCAACUCUGCUUUCCCUGAACAAACACAGCCACUGAGCACAGUCCCUGUGGGAGCUGUCAGACAGUACCCUGUGUUUGUGGGUCGAUCGCAGGGCUCGGUUCUGAGGCAGGAGCCCCUCCAUAUCCAGAGGAUUCUGCAGGUGAACCGCACUCUCUACAUCGGAGCCAGAGAUGAUCUGUACCGUGUGGAUCUGGAUGUGCUGGUGGGGGAGGAGAUGUUUUACAGCAGGAAGCACACCUGGAAAUCGAAUCAGAAUGACAUCAGAGUCUGCAGGAUGAAAGGCAAACAUGAGGACGAGUGUCGGAACUUCAUGAAGGUUCUGCUGAGCCGGAGGGACGGCACACUGUUUGUGUGCGGAACCAACGCCUUUAACCCUCUGUGUGCCAACUACUCCUCGGACUCUCUGGAGCUUCUUGGGGACACGAUCAGCGGGAUGGCGCGCUGCCCCUACGACCCGAAACACGCCAACGUUGCCCUCUUUGCAGGUGGGAACCUGUUCACGGCGACGGUGACAGACUUCCUGGCGAUUGACGCUGUUAUUUACCGGAGCCUGGGGGACGGUCCAGCUCUGCGCACCGUCAAGCAUGACUCCAAGUGGUUCAGAGAGCCCUAUUUUGUCAGCUCUGUGGAAUGGAGGGGCCACGUCUACUUCUUCUUCAGGGAGAUGGCAAUGGAGUUCAACUACCUAGAAAAGGUCCUGGUGUCUCGUGUGGCCCGUGUGUGUAAGAGUGAUCUGGGGGGCUCUCAGAGAGUGCUGGAGAAACAGUGGACCUCCUUCCUCAAGGCUCGGCUCAACUGCUCAGUCCCGGGAGACUCUCUCUUCUACUUCAACGUGCUGCACUCCACCACUGGGGUCCUGCAGCUGGACGGGAGAGAUGUGGUGCUGGGGGUCUUCUCAACACCGUCCAACAGUAUCCCCGGCUCUGCCGUGUGUGCGUUCGAUAUGGAGCAGCUGGACAGGGUGUUCCAGGGGCGCUUCAAGGAGCAGAAAUCUCCUGAGUCCACCUGGACCCCAGUGCCGGACGAGGCUGUACCCAGACCCAGACCCGGAGGCUGUGCACUUCCAGGCUCCAGGUACAACUCCUCCAGCAGCUUCCCUGACGAGAUUCUGACCUUCGUGAAGACGCACCCCCUGAUGGACGAGGCCAUCCCCUCGCUGGGGCCCCAGCCCUGGAUCAUCAGGACCAUGGUCAGGUACCACCUCACCAAAAUUGUCGUGGACACAGAGGCCGGCCCCUACAGGAACAACACUGUCCUCUUCCUGGGCUCAGACACGGGGAGCAUCCUCAAAUUCCUCAUCAAACCCAAAAGUGAAAGCAACCCUGCCAACAGCAGCCUCUUCUUGGAGGAGUUCGAAGGAUACAAUCCUGACAAGUGCGGUGGAGAUGGCCCCGAGUCCAGGAGCAUGUUAGCCAUGUCUCUUGACAGGCCCAGUCGCACUCUCCUACUGGCCUUCCCCUCCUGUGUGGUCCGGGUCCCCCUUGCUCGCUGCCAGCAGCACUCCCUGUGCAUGAAGAGCUGCAUCUCCAUUCAGGACCCGUACUGCGGCUGGACCAAGGGCAGCACCUGCUCCUUCCUUGAACCUGGGACCAGGCUCCCGUUCGAGCAGGACAUCACUCACGGAAACACCUCCUACCUCGGGGACUGUCACGGCCUCCUGCAGGAGAGCUUCGUGGAGCAGCGGGACGGCCUGGUCUCUGUGAAACUGCUCAUGGUCUCUGCGGUCUCUGCCUUCGCGAUGGGGGCGGCACUAUCGGGCCUGGCGGUCUGCUGGUUCAUGGGUCACCAGCAGCGACACUGCGCCCGCAGCGGGGCGGGCGGCUCGGGGGCCGUCCGGCACAAAGGGGACAAGGAACAGAGCAUGGGGGGCUCAGUGGUGAGCGUGACCCGGCCCAGUGGGGGCCAGUCCGAGACCCUGCUGGCCCCCCUGAUGAUGCCAAACGGCUGGCCCAAGGGCAUGGGGGUGGCGGUGGGGGGCGUGAUGGACCUCGAUUCGGGGGGUCUCCUGCCCACUCCGGAGCAGACCCCUCUGCAGCAGAAACGCUGCCCCCCGGGUCUCCGGCUGAGCGGAGGGGACCCCAGCUGGGAGCAGAGUCACUACCUGAACGCAGGCCCCGGCCCUUCCUCCUCCUCCUCCUCCUCCUCCUCCUCCUCCUCCAUCAUCUACCUGAACUCCAAGCACCUGCCCAGGGAGAGCCGGCACUGCGCGCAGGGGGAGCAGAGAGAGCCCCAGCACUACCUCUCCAUGGCAGUGAGGGAGCGCUCCGACAGGCACAGCCCGGCUCUCAGGAACUCCUCUGGGGAGUACCCCUACCCCGUCACCCCGCAGGACAGCCCAGACAGAAGGAGGGUGGUCUCAGCCCCCAACACCCAGCUGGAUUUUGGAGAACACCUGCGCUGGAAUCCAGAGAGCCUCAACUUCAACAGCAACAAUGGGUCGUCUUCCCAGAGCAGCCGUCUUUACAGCAAGCCCCCACCCCCCCACAGCGGUGACCACGCCUUCCACGGCCCGCUGAGGUCAUCGCACCAGCCACACCCACCCGCCCUGAAUGGCCUUGCUGUGCAAGGGAGGGAACAAGCGGACUCCAUCUGGCCAAUGAGAAACAAGUAAAAUAAAGAAAUAAUACACCUUGAAAAAUGACAAAAAUUGCCCAGUUACAAACAACCUGUGCUCAGCCUCUCCCUCUCCCUCUGUCCUUUCUCUCUCUUUCUCCCCCUCCCUCUCUUUCACUGUCAGAGCAGCGUCUCCACUUAGUGAUUUACAAAGUCAAUGCGAGCGUAAGAAAGACUGCAAAACCUUUACUAUGAAACCAUUGAUACGAAUGAUAUGAAGCCAUUGAUACGAAUGAUAUGAAGCCAUUGAUACGAAUGAUAUGAAGCCAUUGAUACGAAUGAUAUGAAACCAUUGAUACGAAUGAUAUGAAGCUCUUCUGCUCACAGCAGCUCUGCCAGCGCUGCAGAAAACUCAAACCCUCGUCUCCACUGCCAGAGAAAAUCAAACGGCAAAGACUUGACUCGAGCCAGAGCAAGAGAUAUUCACAUGAGGUUCUAAAAGAUUAUCCAGCCCAGUCCAGCCCAGCCCAACCCAGUCCAGUCCAGCCCAGUCCAGCCCAGUCCAGCCCAGUCCAGUCCAGUCCAGUCCAGUCCAGUCCAGUCCAGUCCAGGGGUUUAGCAAGGAGCCUCCUGAAAACACUCCCUCCCAAAGCCACUCAAUUAUUGUGACUGACUGGUCCCUGUUCUGCACAAUGUGGGUUUGUUUCCAUUGCCUUAGUGCUGAGGAGGAGUCUUCCAGGCAACGUAGACCCAGAUAAUCUCAUUCCUGAGCUGGGGGAGACAGCACAUAACACAGGGAGGCUGCAUUUGACCACAGUUUAGGCCUCCAUUUUGCUAAGUGGAAACAGCAAUAUAAUGCUUUUGGAAAUAAAAGUGAAAGUCUUCAUUGGAAACAAAGUAUUUUCAACCUGUCUAUAUAAAGGAGGAGAAACUUUAUUCAGAGAACCCGAGAGUUUAACCUGAACUGGAGGGAUACCCUGAGCACCUCUCCCCCCGCCCUCCACACACACAAUGGUACGCUCCGGUCCCGGAACACUUUUGAUUGAUCCAGGGUCAGUCUGAGAGCCGCCCCGGGACAGCAGCGCACAGGAGGGGCAGAAACACAGAGCAGCUGAGUCUGGUUCUGGAGGAGCCCGGGUGCAGGGUGUCUAGGGAGCAGGGUGUCUGGGGAACAGGGUGCCUGGGGAGCAGCACGUAAAGUUAUUCAUUAAAAAUACAAGACUGGGGGGGAGCGACACACAACAUGGAGACAGAUGAAGUCAGAACGCAAUGGAAGUCAGGGAGAGGGGAACAGAACAGGACUGGGUUCAGACCCCCUACCCCCCACGGAUAUCCCCCCACAUCGCUCUCAGAGACAUUUCUAGAAAGCAAUGUUCAUUCACCGUGGGCUCUUUGCUGCCUGUGGUGAAUCUGUAGCACAAUGUAUGAAAUUUAAAUGAAUCCCGCUGUGACACUCAGCCCCUUUCAGUUGGGGGCGCUGCUAGAGUUUUUUCAGCUGCGGGGUUGUGAAAGAUAAACUAGCUAGCUCAGGUUUUAGAAGCGUCUGUCAGUGUGAGGCCGUGCAAGGCUGGAUCCCAGCGGUACAGUUAGACUGUGCAUCACUAUCAUUCACACCUGCAUGAAUUGUUACUUUCUUUAGUUUUCCCUGCUGCUGCUGCAUUUCAUUUUUCACACUCUCACGAUUGAAUACAGUGACACGGCUCAGUUUUAUUUCUCAGUGAUAAUGAAAAGUCAGAAGAAUCCAAUGUAAUGGGUUGA